AUCAGAACAGAGGGGAGGAAAAAGGGGACGAAUUAAAUCUGCGGCAUUUGUGUAUGUGUGUAUGCCGAUAGAGAAGUUUUAGGCCUAUAAUCUCACGUAGUACACCGGCUUCGCAGAAUUUCCCUUCUCUCACUUUCAUGUUCUCCGGAUGUGAGUUGCAAACUUUCGGAAACCCAUGAUUCAUAAAUAUUUCAAAGAUUGAUGAUCACAACGUCACGGAUAGGUAUUAGGACAUAGGCCUAUCAAAGCCACUCUUGUCAACUCCGCUGUGGAUAUCAGACUUUUUGACCACGGGUUAAUUGGCAUAAACCUUUCUCCACCAUGUGCAAGUGCUGCAAAUGCUGCAGCUUCGAUUCGCUAGGAUGCAGACUUCGGACCCUCAAGGCCUUUGGCGCCAUCCUCUUCGUCUUUGGGACGUUGUUCGCCCUUGCCGGAAUCGCCAUCGGGUUUCUCUCCGACCUAUACUUCAACGUCAUCUCUCUACCCGAUGUCUUCCCUGAAUACAUCCUCUAUUCUUACCUGGUGGUGUCUACAGGGGUGGUGGCAGUGGGUACCGGAGUCGUUGCUAUAUACAUCGCCAAGACAAUGACUGACGAUGACUGGAGUACUCGCGGCCUGGGUGUCUUGGCACUUCUCACCAUCGUGUGCUCAUUGGCUAGCGUUGGAGUCCCAGCAUGGCCACUCUACGAAAACGGCUAUUUCUUUGGCAUUCCACCGCAGACAUCGACAAAUAUGACGCCCUCUACGGACAUGACAACUCCAUUGGCUGUGACAACGGUACCGAUGACUACGGUACCGAUUACUACAACUCCAUUGGCUGUGACAACGGUACCGAUGACUACUGUCGAAACUGACACGACGACCAAUGCGACCGUCACAAAUGGGACUGCAGAUAACUCGACAGCAUCAGGUGGUGUCAACAUGACGUCACCCAAUGUGACGGCAGAAAAUAUGACGACACCGAAUGUGACGGCGCCAAAUGUGACGUCGCCAAAUGCGACGGCGCCAAAUGUGACGUCACCAAAUGUGACUUCCUCAAAUAUGACAUCAGACAAUAGCAGUUCAUCAGGGAUGAUGACAACACCGGAAGUUACGUCAGGAACUGUGAUGGAUACCACGGGAAAUUCAACCGUUCUUCCAACCACUCGGGAACCGAUUGACUUUGACGAGUGGUUAUUGUUGAUGGCUCCCUUUGGGAUAGUUAGUCUCUUCGCCUUUAUAUUUAUUCUUCUCAGUCUAUUCAUAUGCUGUAUAGCCUGCUGUUGUCCGGAGCGAUCGGAGAUCGUGGAUGACAUGGAAUUGUAUAAGACUUAGAAUGGUGAUUUGGAGCAGAUGUUUACUCAAACGUGGAGUCUGGAUGCUAGACUACCUAGUCUUAUCAACAGUAACUAUAUGACGUCAUCCUUUGGUCUCCCUCCGCCGAUACCAGCAAUUAAGGGACUAUAAAAUAAAAAUCAACCUUCCUUCUUUAAACAAAAUGUUCGUUUCCUUUACUAUAAAAACUGGGGUAUCAAACCAGCCUCAAUUGGUGUCGGACCACAUCUGAAGGUGUUAAAGUUACACCGUAGAUAUUGAACAUUACACCAAAGAGUAUCAACCAAACUAAAGGUGUCGUAAAUAAGACCAAUGCAUGUUAAAUCGACGCUGUAAAUUUACUCCACAUGGUUUGCUUUUUAGCAGUAUCGUUCUAUGCCCCCUUUUGGAUAUAACUGCUGUAUAUUUUCUUCUUUAGCACCCAAGCCAAAGUAUUACUGUUUUACGCUUAUUUUACUUCCCUGUAAAUAUAUCAAAAGCAUUGAACAUUGUAGAAACAUUAUGUAAUCCGAUAGCCAUUCGAAAAAAUGACAUUGGUCUCAUAUCGUAAUGAUGGAGCUCCAACAUGAUAUCAUUACGAGCAAUGAAAAUGUGCAAAAUUAAAAUGUCCCGGUUUUCGUUAUUGGGGUUAUUUUCAGUGAUUUCAAUUCGUAUUUGAGUUAUUUUACUACAAUCCCUUGAUCCCUGCAUGUAAUGAUAAUAAUAUAGGGUAUUUAUAUUGCGCAAAUAUCCACCUUGUAAGGUGCUCAAGGCGCUCCUAUAUUACCCGGCUAAGCUAGGCGUUCAUAGCGCACACAGCUUUUUAAGGAAUUCCUACCGGAAGUAUAUAUCUGCAUAUCUGAAAUUGCAAUUUUAAAUUUUAUGAAUUGAAUCAGCAAUAAUAAGUGAUUUUAAUAUGAAGAUACUGCAGGAUACAGGGUAUAUAGUGCGUCCUCAGUUGAAAAAUAUGUGAUGCGCAAGUUAAUUAAUUGUUAUGCCAUUCACUGUGACGUCAGCUGAAAAAAACGUUUCUGUUUUCAUAGAUUCAAUAUUUUGGUAUACUAAUCAAUAUUUAUGCUGCAUACGACAAGAGGUGUGGGCUAUAUUGAUCAUAAUAUGUAAUUUUCUGCAAGCGGUC